AGUGUUAGAGGAAUAUUUAGUGUUAUUAUUAAUGUGUUUUCUCAUCUGGGAAAAUGAUUUGCAUUUUAAGCAGAACUUCAACAUUUGGACUCAAAGGAGUGAUGUGGUUGGGGAGAAUUUCAGGCAUCGUGCAGGCUGGCAUUAGAAAUGCUCACCGGAAAUGGAGCACAGGCAGCAACUUCAGCCCCUAGAAUUCUUCCUCCUAUGUCACUUCCGUCCUUCAAACCCUUUCUGCAGCCCCUGUCCUUUCUCCUGCAAUGGCGGUGAGCAGGUGGUCUCCUGGUGUCUCUGGAAAAUUCCCAUAUGGAGUCCUGGUUGAGAUGAGGCAGAAGGCUAGGAAGGAGCCUACAGUCCCGGUGUCUCAGCGCCCAGGAGGUUUUUCUAAUGGAGUUGGCAUGCAGAAGCUGGGGCGUACCCUGGGAGCAGCCCUGUGGCUGGAUGAGGGAUGGACAGCAGCACUGGGCGGGUGGAGCUGGGUGCGAGGUCCCCACCGCCUGCCUCCGAGUCCCACUGGCCAGCCCGGGUAGGGUGCUGAAGACAGGCUUCCUCUCUGGUCAAGCUCCGGCUAGCUUGGCAAGUGCAGGCAGGACCCUGGACCUGCCAUAUGGUGCACAUUUUGAGGACAUCAUUAGCAGGUUUGGAAGGUUGUGAUUCUGGUUGUGGGAGAGAAGGAAGCUGGGAGUUGAGCAGGUGGUGGGUGGAGCUAUGCAUGCAACUGAGUGUGAGGAGUGCUUUGGCCAUGCUGGGGUCUCCUCUGGGCUGGAAGCCUUGUCUUCAAGAGGGUUGGGGUAGGAGGCUUUUUAUUAUAGUGGGAAGCCUCAAGCCUGGACCUGGGAAAACACUUUCUGGGUAUGAGGAAUUAAAAUAAACCUUGAAGCACUAUUUAGGAAGAACAUAGUAUCACUUCAUAGAUAUUUUCCCCCCUAAAUGGUUACAAAGUAAAAUGGCAGAGGUACAAAGAGGAAAAUGAAAACCACCCAAUCCCUUCCCUGAGCGAUGGCCCUGUUAUCCUUGGGCUCUGUGGCCAUUUGACCUCUCUCUGGGGAUGGAAGUACAGGAGGAGAGGGGCCACUUCAUAAGACGGAGAUGCUCUCUUCCUGUUCCCUGCCUCUGCAUCGUGCUGGGGAUGUCUGUCCUCAUCAACUAAGAGACCCAUGUAGACCGCAGCUCUGAGAUCUUCUAUUUUUGUAAACAGAACAGUUUGUAGGGAGACGUGAGAUGUUAGGUGGUGCUGGAGAGCCUGGGCUUUGUCUGUUUGGACAAGGCUCCAUCAAGGCAUCCUUUGUCCGACGGUGAGGCAUCUUGAGGGCUCUGGACCCAGAGCUGGUCCUGCAAGAGUCCUGUCUGAGAGCCCAGGCCCCACUCCACUAGGAGGGACAGGAGGGAACAGAGCAGAGCUGAGUCCCUUCACCUACACAAACCCAUACAUGUUUCUAGAGCAGAGUAACUGCUUGUGAAACAGACCAUCAGAGCACAGGGCAGCACCGAGCUGCGUUCUACAGGGCUCUGUCUAGGUGAUCUGGAAGGCUUGGGGAGCUGGCUUCUCCCCUCAUCCAGCAUGUAGCUACCCACAGCCACCUGCAUUUCACAGGGCCAGUGCCUAGGGACACUGGGCUAGAAGCCAGAAUUUCUUUUUUCUUUUUUUUUUUUUCCCCUCUAGCAUUCAUUACUAGUGCAAGCUAGUGCAUCCCAAAGUUUUGGCCCUGCAUGGAUAAUCAAUCCACAAUUUAUCUUCCGUCUAUUGCCAAAGUAAUUUAGCUAAAAUGCAGAUCUCAACUGGUCACUUCCCUGCAUAAAAGCUUCAAUAGCUUUCUAUCGCCUACAGGCAAAAGUCCCUCUUCUGAAAAGCGGCUUGCAAAGCCUGAGUAGCUGGCUCCAUGCCCCCCAGCAAUACGUGGCCUCCUCAGACGCAUCUUCUAGCAAAGGAGAGCUGCUCAGUGACAUCCACAAACCGGGCUGCUUCUCAUCUGCCUGUUUUCCUUCUCUUUGGGAAGCCCCGCGCCCUCACCUUCUGCUUCUGGCUAACUCCUAGGCAUCCUUGAAGGCUUGGCUCAGUAUCCUCUCCUCCAGGAAGCUGUCCCUCACCCUCUCUCCUUUCCCUCCAUCCCAGUCACCAAGCACCACACCCAUAUCCCCAUUGCAUCCUGCAGCUACCUCGUGUCUGCACACGUUGGGCUGGGCAUGCAUCUCUGUCUCUCUCAAGACCUGGAUCCCUUCACUUUGUGUCUCUGGACCCCCCAGUGUGCUGAUAAUGGGGUUGGAACCCACCGUAUUUCUCUUGAAUGAGUUAAUGAUGGGACUGCUAUUUCUCUAACUGUUGCCUUGGAGGCCGUGUCACGUGAUCAUGGAAGAGAGCCAGGGGAGUGGAGGUGAUUCUUGUUACCCAGAGGACGCAGGGUCUGGAUACACGUUUCUGCCAUCUGCCAUCUUCCAGCUUCUUUCUGGUUGGUAGCUUUGGAGCCUGGGGCAGCUGGGGCCAGUCCCGAGCCUGGACUCUGCUGGGCAGUGGCAGGAGCACUGUCUGGAGCUCUCCUGAGGAGCCCACAGAUCCAACUCCCUAGGCCAAGGCUGCAGCCUGGGCAGAGACGCAGAGGCCUGGAGGAGCCUGGGGCACGCGGCCUGCGGGCUGGCUGGGGUUCAGAGUUCGUAUGUGUCUGGAGUGACUGGGCAGGUGUUCAGAAAUGAAGGCUGGCACUGCCGGGUAAGGCCCUUCCCUCCCUGAUGUGACAGCCCUGGAGCCACCGCAGAGGCCCAGUCAGAUCUCUGUUCUAAUUCUGGCUUGGUGUGGAGGAUGAGGAGAGACAGCCCAGAAAGGAAGGCAGACUGUGCAGACCCCAUGUCUUCUGGCCCGCGAGGCCCUCCUCCUGUGCCUGCUUAUCUUAAAGAAUCUGGGAUAAGAGGUGACUUGGGCCCUGGCCGGGAGGCCCCUCCUCAGCUUCAGACAAGGAGGGAGCUCUGGGCAUGAGGCCAUUGAGCAAGAGGCGACGGCAGUGCCCACAACUUACCCUCAGCUCGGCUCUGUUGGGUCCGAGAAGUCGCGUGGAAAGGGCUCCUUGGGGGCCAGUGGUCAGUAAGCUGCAGAAGCCUGGAGCUGGCCUGGAAAUAACCACGUGUAGGAGCCUUCCUUCUCAGCUGAGAGGAAGGAGGACUCACAUGCGGCGAGCACAUGCUUGGAGCCAGGCACAGGUUUGAAAUAAGCCAUUUCAUCUCGAUUCUUAUGACAAGCUCCACGUAGUUUGCUCCUAUUUUACAGAUGCGGAAGCUGAGGCUCAGAGAGGUUAAGCGACUUGUCCCAAAUUGCAUUGUCAAUCAGUGAAGGGGCUGGGAUUUGAGCUAGUCACCUGCCUCUAGGUUCAGUGUGCUUUCUACUCUGCUCCCCUCCAUGCCUCCCCGACCCUUUGCUGAUGACACAUUCCUGAGACCUCAAAGGAGUCCUACUUUGAAUCAUGAAUGGCCUCGCGUUUCCCCAGGGCAUGACGCAAGCUUCGCCACCUCACUCCCACCCUCACCACUUGCUUGUUCCUGUUAGGAAGAUGCUGUUUACAGGAUCACGCAGGAGUUCAGGCUACCACGAUUGCCACUUCCCCUGCUCUUAACCCCCCACCAAACUGCAGGUGGCUUCCCUGGGAGACUCGUGGCAACACCCUCUUGUCCUGUAUGAAGCUUGUACCUUUCUCCACCCAAGUGAGUGACAGCUGGUGGGAUUUUUGCACUGUGGAAUGGGGUACACAAAGACACUGGAGUGAGAAGGCAGGGGCAUGGCCAGUCUAUGUCUAGGAGGUGGUGGCUCCACCUUCCUUGUGGACUCAGCUUUGGAGUCAUGCAGGCUGCUCUCUGGGCACCCCUGUGAGCCAUUUCUUCUGCUGAUAGGGAGGAACGUCCCACUGCCCCGAGAUGGGUUCUGUGCAGAAUCUCCCCAGGGUCAAGACAGGAGCUAGAAUGUAUGUCAUAGAAGGAUAAUCUAAAUGGUGACUGCUGGCUGGUGAGGAGAGGCUAUGGCACCUCCACGGCUGGUGGCCUCUUGCUGAAGUAAGCAUGGUCAGCAUCCCCCCUGCACCCUGUGGAGGUGGCUUAAUGCAUUCCCUUGACUGCAAAGGACUCCUUGCCAAAGAGACCUUCUUCCCCAUGAGGCUGAGGCCUCCUAGGACCCUCAGUGCUCAGGAAAUUAUAACCAGCCACCCCCAUCUCCGUUCAUUGGAGAAGGAGUGACGGCCGCCUCAGUGCCAUUAACUCUGUGCUGUGAUUAAAUGGAUCCCGAGGCGACUCCUGCUCAGGGACACCCCCUGUGGGACUGAUGCCAGGGCUAGGCUUGCCACACAGUGCUCUAUUCCUUCGGUUAUGCACCUUCCUUGGCAGCAUCCACGCUUACCAAGAGGAGUCACUCUGAGCUGCUUGCUGCCAGUCACACGCUUAGCAGUAGAAGAUAUCUUGUGCUUAUCAGGUGGCUGUGAGUGAGAGGGAAGGGGGCCCAGCGUGAAGCCAGGUGGGACGGCUUCUGCGGGGCAGGACACCCCACUGGAGGAGGCAGGGGCGCGCUGUGCCGGCCUCAGCACCAGCUCUGGCUGCUGUGGUGGGAUCUCAGGUCAGUCACUUUGCCUUUUUGGCCUCAGCUUUCUCAUCUGUACAUCAUGGAUUUGGGAUUAAAGGAUUUCUGAAGAUUUUACUCAUUCUGAGAUUAUGGUCCCUGGAAAACUUUAGGGAAAAGGGAGCUUCUUCUCUUCAUUAUUUUAACAUACUUGAUCUUUUAUGUUCUUUGGUAGGGAGAGAUGAUAGGUAGUUAGAGAAGAAGCAGCUCAGUGAAAAAGCUGAAAGACUUGUGGAAAAAUAAGUUAAAUCGACCCACUGUGACUCCAGGGACCUGGGGAGACUUUGAUGCCCGUGUUUUUGAUUACACAUCUCUUCUCUCAGAGUGAAGAUGUGCAGUUCUAAGGAAUUACGCCCAAUGGCAGAAUUGGCAAGGGGCAGGGAACUGUCCAGCAGAGAAGCUGCUGAAACCCUUCAGGGAACAUUCCAUUCCGCCAGGGCCUGGCUGUCACGCUGUGCUCUGCAGCACAUCCGGUGCCAAGGAGGGGAGUAGCGAACAUUGACCUUGUCCCCAAGGAGCUUACACGCAGGGAGGUCAGCACAAACACUGGAAUUUCUAGGACUCUGCUAUCGAAAAACACAAUUGCUGGCACAUGGGUUCAGAAGACAGAGAAGGAAAAGAGCUGUAAAGAGUUGGGUGGGCUGAGGUUUGAAAUGGGCUUUAAUUAUGACUGGACACAAUUUGGUGACAAAUGGGUGAAAUUUCAAGCAGAAGAGGUAGAUGAGCAAAAAGGGGUGUGCAGUCUUUGCGAAGAGAAGGGGGAGGGAGUGGCAAGGGAAUAGGACAGAGAGGAGGAGGAGGGAGAGGAAGCCAGAGAUAAGGAGCCGGGGGGGAAGAAAAGGGCAGAAACAAAUGUGAAGGAGAUUCUGAAGACAAGCCACUGUGGUGGUCCAGGUGGUUCCAUGGUGCCGAGCCAAGCCAGGGGCUUGGAAUUUAGUCUGGGAGGAGGGUGCUGGGUAUGGAUGAGGAAGGAGAGGAAUGGAGAGGGGAGAAACGGGAAGGUACUUCACACUGAUUAAGCAAGCUCCUCACAGGGCUAUGACUUCUCCCUUCUCAGAAGGAGGUGCCCUGUGGCAUGCCUCUAGGCCUAGAGUUAAAGAGCUGGAGCCAUUAGGAGCAGCAAGGGGCUGCCUCCGCACUUGUCUGGUUACUUCUGGUUACUUCUCCCUCAGGGUAAGUCCUCAUGAGGGAUCAUCUCUGCCCAUGGAGCUGCUUCCACUGCCCUUAGGCUGGUGUAGGAGGAAGGCUGUGUACCAGAGGUAGAUCUUGCUCCUAGUCCACCAGCAAAACACAUCCAGUUAUUUCUAUGCCUGAGUCUCCCUUCCCCACACUGAUCUCUUUAUUCCCCUACUACCUAGAAAUGGAAGGGAGACAAUGGGGUGGGAAAUAGAGUUUUUCGAAAGGUGUUUUUUGGAUAAGACAAAGGCCUCUUAGAGCAGAGCUGGCUAUUGGAAUGGUUUCCUUUUGUUAUUUAAUGCCGGGGCUUUCACACAGGAGUUUAGCCCAGCUUUUAAGUCUUCAGUAUCAAAUAAUAGUUGGUGUCACAUCCCUGCUGAAAUACAGCCAUGAAAAUGUUUCUUAGUGAUAGAUUUAGGUUGUACUCCUUAAGAAAAGCCCAAAUGUCAAGAAUUGCUUCCCACUGGUACACUUUAUUGGGGAGAAGGGCGUCUCAAAUAGAAGGAUGGUUGGUCUGUCUAGAAAUGGUAAGAAUACUACAGGUUAAAGGCAGUGGUGGUCUGGACUAAAUGACCCCCGAAACUCAGAUUUUAUGGUGUUUUCAAUCUCUGGCUGAGUGCAAGUUCCUCCCUCUCCCUUUGUGCCUCCUUGGGGACCUGGGCUAUUUUCUCCUCUGUGAAAGAGAACGGAUACAUCCAUUAUGAAAACCAAUUGAUAUAAUUUGAGCCUGCAUGCAGGUAAAAACUAAAUUAAGAAGGUUUAUAAAAUCUAUCCUUCUGGCUUAACAAGCCUGAUUCUCAAAGUGGCCUCUCAGACCCUGGCUGAGGGAUGGUGGUCAGGGGUUGCAGAGGGACCUGCACAGCUGCUGAGGAGGCUGUGGGACAGGAGGCGCUAUCACUGUCUACCUCUUCCAUCCACGCACCUGUGUGCAGGUGUGAGAAGGGCACCGUGCUGCAAAGAAGGGUCCUUUCCACCCUCUGCGGGUUGCUGCCGGCUCCCCGAUGCCUGCCUCUGAGGCCUGACCCUGGGGCUGGGGAGUGUGCUGGCCUCACCUCUGGAGGAUACUGCCUCAGUGUUACAGCCUGACCCCCCACCUUGUCAUCACUGCCUACUACAGACCAGAGGGGACGGCCACAGAGACUCUGCAACCAUGGGCUCUGCCCUUCUUCCUUCUGCCUGUGUAUCUGUGAAAAACUUCUUUUUUUUUUUUUUUAAAUGGAGAAAGCUACCUUGACUUCUCAGAGAGUUGAAUGGGGUCAGGGGACAGAAUCUAUAUUUUUUAGGUAUGGGCACUUACCCAUAUUCAAAAAGAUUUGAGGAGGCUGGCAGAAUGGAGCUGGGAGAAGAAAACCCUCCCUUGGGAGGAAGCUGUCCUGUGCAUGCUGGCCAGGCUGCCUCUUUGAUUAGGGACAAUGGAAACCGGCCUGAGGGCACGGGUGAAAGCAGUUGAGUGUAGAGGAGGCACUGCAGCAGAAGCCAGAGGACACAGGAGCCAGUGAAGACACACAAUAAGUCAGAAAGGAGGGAUCUUUGCAGCCCCAAAAGUAGAAAUUCUUACCAUCUACUGCAGAGGGCAAAAGUUGAAAAUUGGUCUGAUUUCUAUCUAAAUGUGCUUACAUAUUCGUGUUUUGUUAAAUACUUCUGUAACCUGCGUGUCUCACAUAAAUGCAGCUUUCUUUAGUUUUGGAAAUAAAUCACAUGAAUCCUGAAUAGUAGUCUUUAAUAAUUUGCUUAGUUGUAGGGCAGUGUUGUGUUUUCAGAAGGCAAGUGUAUUUGCUAGAAGAGUGAGCUGGGAGGUGUGAACCACAUCGUCACAUCUGCUGUAAGCCUAGCCAUUCAUAAUACGGAGUUACAGUUAGGACACGUCGCAUUGAAGAGCUACCAUCGAAUGUGCGCUCAUCAAAUGCCUGGCAGCGUCCUCGGUGCUUCACCUGCCAUAGCCGACAGUGGCUGACCUCCCAUGCCUGUUGCCUUUUCUUUCUGUUGGAUCAGGGAUACACUGCCAUGUGUGUUAAGAAAAGCUGGCCUUACCUACAGGGCUGGCCAGUCCCGGUCACAUUUCUAGUAAGCCAUUGCCUUACAUAAGGGUAACGGCAUGGGACGCUAUCUUAGCCAAUGUGAUAAAAGUGGACAUGAGGUGAGAGGCUUCAGAGAGAGGUUUUAAAAAAGAGACAAAAGCAGGACGUUGCCUCUCUUCCUCCUCUCCACGUGUCCUACCCGGAUGUGAAGCCAAAACAGAUGCAGGCUUACUGCAACCAUGGGGAACCCAGCAUAAGCACAGAUUCAACAGCAGAAGAGUGGCAGAGGGAGAAGGUGAAAGGAACCUAGGUUUUCCUGUCCUUGUUGAGUCAUUCAAUUAAAAAUCCCUGGAAUUUUCCUCUCUCUGGCAGUGUGUUUUGUGGGAUAAUGAGUUGCCUUAUUGGGGUUGGCUUGCUAAUCGGGAUGUUUCGCUCCCAUCAACAUCCAUACGCUUGCUCUGUGAACCAAUGACCUGAUGAGGUAGUAUUAGCACCACCAUCAUUAUGCUGAGGAUGAGAUUUAUGGCACAGUGGUUCAGUAGCUUGCCCAAGGCCAUGCGGCUGGUAGGUUCUGGAGGAGGGCUCAGGGCACCCCCUGAGCUACCCCUGCUGGCCAUUGCACCACCCCAUAAAGCUGCUGGCAGUCACUUCUCUGAGGGGUUAGCAUGUAAGAAAUGUCCUCCUGAAUGCUGGCCAGACAAAUGGAAAUCUGCCAGGGUUGGGUACCCCCAUGACAGCAGCCAGCCUGCCCUCUUAGUCCCUGACAGCUGCAGUGACAGCAUCUGUGAUUGCAAAGCGUGACAAUUUAUAUCUCUCAUUUCAUCACACCAUCUAUCAGCAGACAGUCAGGCUUUAAAAAUCAAUCCCACACUGACUCAGUCCCCAGCAGAGAUGGCCUCUGACAACAGUAUCCACACUGCAGGCUGGACAAGGGCCCUAUUAAUUUUGAGACUCAGCCAAAUUUCCUUCUGACCCUAAGCUGGUGAAUCCCUGCUCCUUUGCUUUGGUUGGGGUUGGUGUGAGCUAAGGCUGUGAUCCCAUUUGUUCCUAUGGCCUCCAGGUGGCCUGGGCCUCCAUGAAUGGGCCACAUGGUCAUACUGAAUGCUUGAUUACACUCAGACCUAGCAGUCGUCUGGGCGCAGCUGGUUUAUGGAUCACUUUGUCACAAUGUUCCAUCCUUCCAGGUCCCCAUCCCCGCGGUGGGAAAACAUUGCUUUAGGCAGUGCUAGAGGACUUCAGCAGGCAUUGGCAGCUUCUGGAUUCAGGAUUAGAACCAAGAAGGAGGAGUCACAGCAAAGAUAGGAACAGAAGGCAGAGAGAACAGACAGAUGGGGGUGUUUGAGAAGGAGGGCCUUUGAGACCUCAGGGAGUGGGAGACACUGGCUCGAGAAUAAUAAUAAUGGCAAUUUCUCUCAUCUGUGUUUUCAGGGCAUGGACUGGAACUCCCAAUACCCCUGACAUGGGCUGAGUCAACGUGGUCACGAACAUGUGACAGUCAGCGUGUAAUGUGGAUGAGGCAUCGAUCCAUGUGAGCACAUUUCUCUGGUUGCUGGUUUCUUCUCUACAUUCCAGGAGGCAGCAGAAGUUGCAGAGAAGAGUGAGGCACGUUUGAAAAAGGCUGAAAAAUGUUUCUGUCCAGGCAAGGGUGUGUGCUGAACGACUCAAGGAUUUUUUGGAGAGAAUUGGAGUGUCUCACCAGAGGAGACCACGUCUGAAGGGCUUUGCAUCCCUCCUUGGACAUGUCUAAUACCUAGCACUCAGAAAGCAUCCAGUAAAUAUUCGUGGAAAGAAAGGAGUGGAGAAAGGGAGAAAGGGGAAAGGGAGUAGGGGAGAGAGAAGAAAGACUGCUUCUUGCCCAGGGCCUGGCAUGGGGCGGAGGCAAAGCAGUGGGGUCCUCAGCUAUGUCCCACUGUGAGUGCACAGCGAGUCCUGACCUUCAGAGGGUGCCGCCCGAGGGGCCCUGGCCUGUCUGAAGGGUGCACCAGCCGAGUGGCCUGCUCUGACCACCAGGCUCACCCAUGACUACCUGGGUGGCUACAGCGAGUUCCUGACAAUGAGUACAGCACUCAGUUAUUGGGGCCCUUCCACCCACACGCUGUCCACUUCCUGGGGCACUGCUGUGGGCAUGCGAGUGCUUGCUCCCCGGGGCACUGCUGUGGGCAUGCGAGUGCUUGCUCCCCGGGGCACUGCUGUGGGCAUGCGAGUGCUUGCUCCCCGGGGCACUGCUGUGGGCAUGCGAGUGCUUGCUCCCCGGGGCACUGCUGUGGGCAUGCGAGUGCUUGCUCCCCGGGGCACUGCUGUGGGCAUGCGAGUGCUUGCUCCCCGGGGCACUGCUGUGGGCAUGCGAGUGCUUGCUCCCCGGGGCACUGCUGUGGGCAUGCGAGUGCUUGCUCCCCGGGGCACUGCUGUGGGCAUGCGAGUGCUUGCUCCCCGGGGCACUGCUGUGGGCAUGCGAGUGCUUGCUCCCCGGGGCACUGCUGUGGGCAUGCGAGUGCUUGCUCCCCGGGGCACUGCUGUGGGCAUGCGAGUGCUUGCUCCCCGGGGCACUGCUGUGGGCAUGCGAGUGCUUGCUCCCCGGGGCACUGCUGUGGGCAUGCGAGUGCUUGCUCCCCGGGGCACUGCUGUGGGCAUGCGAGUGCUUGCUCCCCGGGGCACUGCUGUGGGCAUGCGAGUGCUUGCUCCCCGGGGCACUGCUGUGGGCAUGCGAGUGCUUGCUCCCCGGGGCACUGCUGUGGGCAUGCGAGUGCUUGCUCCCCGGGGCACUGCUGUGGGCAUGCGAGUGCUUGCUCCCCGGGGCACUGCUGUGGGCAUGCGAGUGCUUGCUCCCCGGGGCACUGCUGUGGGCAUGCGAGUGCUUGCUCCCCGGGGCACUGCUGUGGGCAUGCGAGUGCUUGCUCCCCGGGGCACUGCUGUGGGCAUGCGAGUGCUUGCUCCCCGGGGCACUGCUGUGGGCAUGCGAGUGCUUGCUCCCCGGGGCACUGCUGUGGGCAUGCGAGUGCUUGCUCCCCGGGGCACUGCUGUGGGCAUGCGAGUGCUUGCUCCCCGGGGCACUGCUGUGGGCAUGCGAGUGCUUGCUCCCCAGCUCCACUAGUGACACUGGCGGCCCCUCGCUGGGGCCUUCCCCGCCUGCUCCGCUCCAUUACCGCUGCCGGGCUCCUCACGUCUCUCCUUGCUGCUUCCUGCACUGGGGUGAGGAGAGUGGGGCUGGUGCCCUUGAGACCGGAGAAGCUCCAGGCUUUUAAGGAAAACUGCCAGGGACGAAGAGAAGAUAUCACUUCCCCAUGUGGUUGGCUUCCAGAUUCAGAAGGAAUGUCUGUCCUUGUGGAUUCUGCACCAGAUGACCCCAGAUGCUGCCUCAGUACUAGGUCCCUGUGGCUCUGGAGCCUUUGCUGGGUCUGGGCAGCGUCUCUUCCUCUCCAGUUCAUCCUUGGGUCUCUUCACCCUUGCCAGGGGCAGGCUUCCUGGUGAGAGGUCGACCUCCUGCAUGAAGGCUCUCAAGAGGCCAGUUCAAAGCCAAGCUCCGGGUCUGUGCCUAUGGGGCUGCUCCUCGAUCAGGAGAUGGUCACUCCCCUCCUGGUCUAUACCCGUGGAAUUCUCCUCCAUCUGGAGAUGGUCACUCUCCCUCCUGGUCUAUACCCAUGGAAUUCUCCUCCAUCAGGAGAUGGUCACUCCCCUCCUGGUCUAUACCCGUGGAAUUCUCCUCCAUCUGGAGAUGGUCACUCCCCUCCUGGUCUAUACCCGUGGGAUUCUCCUCCAUCUGGAGAUGGUCACUCCCCUCCUGGUCUAUACCUGUGGGGCUGCUCCUCCAUCAGGAGGUGGUCACUCCCCCUCCUGGUCUAUACCCGUGGGGCUGCUCCUCCAUCAGGAGAUGGUCACUCUCCCUCCUGGUCUAUACCCGUGGGAUUCUCCUCCAUCUGGAGAUGGUCACUCUCCCUCCUGGUCUAUACGCGUGGGGUUCUCCUCAAUCAGGAGGUGGUCACUCCCCUGCUGGUCUAUACCCGUGGGAUUCUCCUCCCUCAGAAGAUGGUCACUCUCCCUCCUGGUCUAUACCCAUGGGAUUCUCCUCCCUCAGAAGAUGGUCACUCCCCCUCCUGGUCUACACCCGUGGGGCUGCUCCUCCAUCAGGAGGUGGUCACUUUCCCUCUCGGCUGCUCAGUCCAAAAACAACCUCUCUGGAAAA